AUGGCGGACGAGACCCCAAUGGCUGGCGACACUGUCAAUAGUAUCGGGACAAACACGAGGAAGGAGCUAAUACCUUCAGAAUCACAAUAUAUCCCUUAGCUCGUCGCGUUCAUCACUGAAUAUCUAGCCAUAAACUUCCUUAAUUUGAUCGCCGUUAUUGAAUUUGUGAAACAGCGCCAGCUUCAGCGUCGGAGUACACAUUUGGUUAUCCAUCUGGCGAUAAUUGACCUCUUGGCUGGGGCAGUUUCAGGCCCUUUGGAUAUUCUUUGGGUAGGGAGUGUCUGUGAUUUGUGGGAAUACAGUCAGAAAAUCCAUCUACCAUCAGUGGUGUUAAGGGCUGUCUUCCCUAAUGCUUCGCUUUUAAACCUCACUGCAAUUUCACUUGAAAGGGCACAUACCACAAUUUGUUCAUUCAAGCAAUGCCUCAUUAAGAAAUAG